AUGGCUGACUCAGUACCUGUCUGCUCUCUCCAGGUGUACCCAUGCAGCAGUGAUAAGGAGUGCAGUGUGGGGAGCUACUGCCACAGCCCUCAGCAGGCUCCAUCACGCUGCCUCGCGUGUCGCAGGAGGAAGAGGCGUUGUCAUAGAGACGCCAUGUGCUGCCCCGGCAACCGUUGCAGCAACUACAUCUGUGUUCCCAUAUCGGAGAGCAUGCUCUCUCCUCACCUCUCAGACUUGGACGAACACAACAAGCUUUCCACCAAAGACCCGGGCUGGAAGAAGGGCGGGAAGGGACACGCCAAACACUCUCUCAAAGGCCAUGAAGGAGACCCUUGCCUGCGUUCGGCCGACUGCUCCGAGGGCUACUGUUGUGCCCGGCACUUCUGGACCAAGAUCUGCAAGCCGGUGCUGCGUCAGGGGGAGGUAUGCACCAGGCAGAGGAAGAAAGGCUCCCACGGUCUGGAGAUCUUCCAGCGCUGCGACUGCGCCCGGGGCCUCGCCUGCAAGGUGUGGAAGGACGCCACCUCCUCUUCCAAGUCCCGCCUCCACAUGUGCCAGAAAAUGUGACGGGGGAGGGAGGAAGGGGGGGAGACGAGGAAGGGAGGA